AUGGCUUUUAUUAUCUUUUUGGUUUUACUGGGUGGUUGUUUUGCUGGUUUAACUUUAGGUCUUAUGGGACUUGAUAUUCUGAAUUUAAGAGUUUUAAGUACGAGUGGAACUCUUACUGAACAAGUUCAAGCUCAAAAAGUCCUCAAGUUAUUAGAAAGAGGUAGACAUUGGGUCUUGGUCGUCUUACUGCUCAGUAAUGUAGUGGUUAACGAAACCUUACCAAUCUUCUUGGAUUCGGUCUUAGGUGGUGGUGCUGCUGCGAUCUUGAUUUCAACAGCAUUGAUUGUAAUAUUUGGAGAAAUCAUUCCUCAAUCGAUUUGCGUUCGAUAUGGACUAUCAAUCGGGGCUAAAUCCGCUCCUUUCGUUCUUGCGCUCAUGUACCUCGAGUUUCCUAUCGCUUAUCCUAUUGCGAUGUUAUUGGAUUAUAUUCUUGGUCAUGAUGAAGGAACUACUUAUCGAAAAGCUGAAUUGAAGACCUUUGUUGGAUUGCAUCGCCAUAUUGGAACAGAUGGGCUAAAUGAAGAUGAGGUGACAAUAAUCUCAGCUGUCUUAGACCUCUCCGAAAAAACAAUUGUUGAUAUCAUGACCCCGAUUGAAGAUACCUUUACACUUGGCGCAGACUCAAUUCUAGAUGAGUGUACAGUCACUGAACUUGUCAGUCAAGGUUAUUCUAGAGUACCUGUUCAUGAAGCUGGUCAUGAUCGUAAUUUCAUCGGAAUGCUUUUAGUCAAGCAUUUGAUUAGCUAUGAUCCUGAUGACGCUAAGCCAGUGAGCGAGUUUCAGCUUAGUACGCUACCUGAAGGAGCUCCUGAUAUGACAUGUCUGGAAGCUUUGAAUUUCUUUCAACAAGGUCGAUCACACAUGCUCUUGGUCUCAUCUCGUCCAGGUGAACACGGAGGUGCUCUGGGAGUGGUCAGUUUAGAAGAUGUAAUUGAGGAGUAA